AUAGUGAAAAAAGGAAAACUUUGUUAUGAUGCUGUACUAGCAGACUACAGAGAUGCUUCUUUCUUAAAUGGCCAUAUGGGGGGCAAUGCUUCCACGUCACAUCUGAGGGGCAAAUGCUAUAGCAGGUUCAUAAUUUUGUGUAAAGCAACUUUAACCAAAAAUAUGGUAAAUUCAGCAGGCUUCAGGAUAGUUACCAAAUGUAUACUUUUCUCAAGCAUGUAUCACUUCCAUUAUCCCUUUUUUCUUCAUUUUGUAGAUCUCUCCAGUAAAAUGUUCACCUUCCCAGAGAAAACUCGAACUGCUAAUGUGAGACUGACAACAUCAGGGCAGAUGUUCAGUGCUGUGACUGUCUGUCUCAGGUCUAUGACAGACCUUUCCAGAAGUCAUGCCCUUUUCUCUCUGUCCACACCAUCCUCUGACAAUGGCUUUCGGAUAUUAAAGGGAGCUGCAAAUGAUGCAAUUAAUGUUAGUGUCCUAAAUGUUGGUGCUGGAUUUCGAGGUCAGGACUACAAGCUCAACACGUGGCAUCCUAUUUGUUCCACAUGGGACUCUGAGUCUGGUCUGGCUCAGCUGUGGUUGGAUGGGAAGCCCUCAAUUAGGAAAUUCACUGGAGGAUCAAACAUCACGGACCCCAUUGUUAUCCUCGGACAGGAGCAGGAUUCCUACGGUGGAAAGUUUGACCGUAGGCAGUCUUUUGUUGGCAUGAUCACUGAUGUCCACAUGUGGGACCACACCCUCUCAUCCUGUGAGAUCCAGCGCUACGUGGAUGACCGAAACUUCUCCCCAGGGAACGUGCUGAACUGGAGGGCGCUGGAGUUCCAGACCACCGGACGAGUGCUGAUAGAAAAUAAGCAAUCACCCUGUUACUAAAGCCACGCUACAACAAGACCUCCAUGUAAGGUCUUUUCUUUUAAGUAAGAUGCUUACACCCUGCAGACCUUAACAGUGGUUAUGUAUAACUUUAUUUUGUGGCUUUAAUCAGCUUGGAUUAAAAAAAAAAAAG